UUCAACCCAGAAGUAGACGUGACAAUUUUAUCAAAGAGCGCCGCACAACAAGUUGUCUUGAGCUCGCGUCAGCCGCCUAACUACUAAUUGUAGCAGUUUAGUCAUGGAGGCAGUCGCUUUACCUUCGCACGUUCAAGAGUCGCUGUGCAAGAACAGAGAACUGGAGGUGCCUAUAGUUCACGUCGCGAUAACGCAUAGAGAAAUAAACACACCACCACCAGAAGAAGAAUGCAUCGUCGCCCACCAGCUAGCGGAUGCGGAAAAACUGGAAAACGAAAAUGUCGUGGACGGCACCGGCAUCAUCGCCGUUUCUCCUCCAGUCAGCGAAUCGUGUACUAAUGACUCGACCCUGACUGAUAAGCGACAACCGAAAUUGACCGACGAAACCGUAGAGCUAAAUGAAAGUAUGGACGAUGCGUUUGCCGGUGUCGACGCGAAGAACGGCGAUAGCGAGACGGAAGAGCUCGAGAGCGCGUCGAACGUCGACGAACAACCACAUGGAAACGAUACUCACGGUAACAUUCACGUUACACUCGAGAGCAAACACUUGUGGUCGCAGUUUAACCACAUCGGUACCGAAAUGAUUAUAACGAAAGCGGGAAGGCGAAUGUUUCCCGCUCCGAUUGUUUCCGUCAAAGGCCUAGAAGUCGACGCCAACUACACCGUCUUUCUCGACAUAGUUCCGGUCGACAAAGACCGCUACAAGUAUAUGUGCUCCAAGUGGAUGGUGGUCGGAAAGGCCGAGAAGGAACUCGAACCGCGCCCGCGGUACGUCCACCCCGAAUCUCCCAAAACGGGCGAACACUGGAUGAGCCAACAACUCUCUUUCAAAAAGAUGAAGCUCACAAACAACAAAAAGAACACGCUGGGACAUAUUGUUCUCAAUUCAAUGCAAAAGUACCAACCGCGUAUACACGUGGUCAAGGACGGCGAGGACGCAGACGACGACAGUAAACACGGCGUCUUCAUGUUCCCCGAAACCGUUUUCGUCGCCGUCACGGCGUAUCAGAACGACCAAAUCACGCAGCUCAAAAUCGACAACAACCCGUUCGCGAAGGCGUUCCGAGACGGGCCACAAGAAAGCGACCUAAGGUCGAACUUGAGGACCCAACCGGUUCCAUGGGCGCACUCACUCUAUCAAGCUCCCAUGUCGCCCUCUCUCACCGACAGCCUCUUUUCUGGUUCCAUGCGAUUUGCUCAAGCGGCAGGGUACAGUCCGUGGGACAUUCAGUACAUGACGUCGACUCUGUCUCCCCUCACCCCGGGGGUUCAGUUCCGGCAGGACUCGCUCGGACAGUGGCAGGCCGGGCACACCAUGGGAGGAAGCGUACACUCAUACCCUUCCGUCGAGGAGGCCUUCCCGACGUCAUACGGUUCAACCGGUCUGCGCUCGCCGGCUUACCAAGUCCCCCUGACUCCUUUAACUCCUGCUACGGUCGAUGCCUACAGCAACUAUGUCCACGCCGGUGGUCUAGGCGUCUCAGGGAUGCCGAGCCCAACAGGCCACUGCCCAAUGCCAUUCAGCAGUUCAAUGGAUCAAGUCAAGUAUCCAUCAUCUAUGAUGCUCGGAUCGCAGUUCAAGCAUACGAGUUACAACUAAAGUGUUCAUUAUGUGACAGACUAGACUGCCAGUUGCAGUAGAAAAAUGAUAUACAUGCUUAUCAUUGUAUCACCACUCGCACUACAAUAGCGUAGAAGUUCGGGGCACACACACGGGCAUGCACAAGAUUCAAAAUGCGAAUGUCGUUUUACGUCAGUUCGAGUAGAACAGUAGAAUACGUAGAGUGAACCUCAAUACAAAUAAACAUGAUUUGAAUCAUCA